AUGGAUAGUGAUAAAAAGUGGGCAUUUUUCGACUUCCACAAAACCAAAUCUCAUCUCAAAGCAUCGCCUGAACGAGUUAUCAGUUUAGCGGCGGUGGAACUUGCAGCUUGUGGUCUCGCAUUUAUAGGUUUUUGCACUCUUCGACGAAGUGAAAAAUCAAGGCAGUAUCUUUACCAGCACUUCCCAAGGAUUUCCAAAGCUUACUAUUGGGCGGAGGAUUCGAUAUCAUUCGGGCAGUUGAUCGUCAAUAUGGUGAAGGAGUCCGAUAUUCUCUUCGCAAAGAUGAUGUUGGGACUUUUCGCUGCGACGUUGGGAGGAUAUAUCUAUGAGCAAUGGAAAGCACAGCAACCGUCGCCUGAUAUACCAGUGCAGGCUUGGGACAAAUAUGUAGAGAUACAGAAGAAAAGUGGAAGGGAAAUCUGA